AUGAGUAGCACUAGAACAAGACUACCGUCGGGACUAUAUGUUGCCAGAACAUUAGUAGAUCCAAUUGUUCAUGGUCGCAGUACAAGUGCGGUAAAUGUAACUAGCGAAGAGAUUACCCAUAGUCUUACGCUCGUUCAGGAGCCAAGUGAAGCAGGUAUAUUUCAGAAGUAUUUCGAAUUGGAUGGAUUAGCAAUUUCCAGCAAUGAAUUUUCAAAUGAUGAAGGAACAUCUGAGUAUUUUGAAAACUACUCGAAAACUAUAUCAUUUAAGGACAGUGUUGUAACUGCACCAUUUCCUCUUAAGGACAACGUAAUCGAUAUAUCCGAUAAUUACGCGAUGGCAUACCGUAGGCUCGAGUCCUUACAGAGACAGCUGGCCACCAACAAAGAGCAAAGGUCGUGGUACAGCAAAAUAUUCAAUGAUUACCUCAAAGAUUCCAUAAUCGAAGAGAUACAUGAACCAGUCAAAAACGCGGCUGGCACCUAUUAUAUGCCACACUCCGGAGUGUGGAAACCUUCAAAAGCGAAACCUCUCAGAAUCGUAUUUGAUGCAUCCUCGAAACAAAGAGGUAAACUAUCAUUAAAUGUAAUUCACACCGGUGAAUCUUUCGUUAAUAAAAUUCAUGAUAUCCUUAUUCGCAGUCGAACUAGCAAGUUUAUAUUAACGUGCGAUAUCGAAGCUGCACUCAGAUCAGAAUCGUAA